AAGAGAAGUCAGAUAGAAUGAACCGAAGUUAGACCUGACUAUAAAACUGCGUGAACAUUCGGUAUAUUGUUUCCUCUCUGAAUUGUCGAAUUGUGAAAUCAACUGUCAAUUUAUACAUUGGAGAGAGAUGGACGUUCCAAAAACAAAUACUGGAGUUCCUGUAAUCCCAACGGCAGAACCAUUUGGUAAUAUCAAAGAUGGUAGACAAGUGAAAAGAUUUACUUUCGCUAACACGAAUAACCUCACCAUCAGAAUUAUCAAUUAUGGAGCUACUAUAACUGAUAUUCUAGUGCCGGACAAAAACGGAAAGAUUGAUGAUAUUAGUCUGGGAUUUGACACAGCAGCAGAAUAUGAAGCAAGACAUUCCUACAUCGGAGCGGCUCUUGGCCGUAUUACCGAACGGUUAAAAGGGGCACGUUUUACCAUAGACGGCGUGGACUACAAUGUGUCGGCAAACGAAGGGCAGAACCAGGUCCAUGGAGGGUUUUCUGGAUUUGAUUCUAAAUUAUUUGAUGCCAAAAUUGAAGGGGACAAGGUUGUGAUGACGUACGUAAGUCCUGAUGGGGAGGAGGGCUUUCCGGGGGAGCUUACUUCUAUUUUUACCUUCCAAUUGACCAAUGAAAACGAACUUAUUCUUGGAUAUUCGGCACGGACAAAUAAAGCAACCCCUGUCAAUCUGUCCAACCACGUUUACUUCAAUCUGGAGGGACACAAAGCAGGCUCAAACGGUGACCACAUGCUAACAACUUAUUCCGAUAGAUAUGUUCCGAUUGACGAGGCCUUUCAUCCCAAAGGUGAUGGUGAAAUAGCAACUGUCAACGGGACACUGUUUGAUUUAAGAAAACCAACGAGUGUGCGGAAAGUUAUCACAGACAUCAUAGUUUCAUGUUAUGUAUUUGGCGAUCGAGGGAAAAUGAAACAUGUCGCAAAACUUGAGAACCCAGGAAAUGGUCGUUACAUCGACGUAUACACAACAGAACCAGGGUUAGAUGUAUAUUUCUCCUCCCACAUGAAGCCAAAGCUCCACGGAAAAGAUGGAGCGGUUUAUGGGCCGUUUGAGGAUGGAGGAGUCUGUCUUAUUCCUUUUCAGUUACCUAGCGGUGUGAACAUGCCAAACUUCCCCGAUACUAUACUGCGACCAGGAGAAACCUACACACAGACAACAAUUUACAAAUUUGGAAUUCAUCCAGAUAUUUGAAAUGUAUCUCUGAGAAAGGAAUGUGAAAGAAUUAUCAUUCACGCAUAGCUCUUAUCCUUAGACGAAUUUGACUCCACUUUUUUGGCACACUGUUUUUCCCUAUGAUAGCUCUAAAACUUCAUUGUUAUUUCGGAUUUCAAACAUUUCGGUUGAGCAUCACUGAAGAGACAUUAUUUGUCGAAAUGCGCAUCUAGUGCAUCAAAAUUGGUACCGUAUAAGUUUUUACAUGAUUACUUCUCAAAUAAAAUAAAGAAAAUCAAUACCUUC